AUGUCUUCUGAGGUCCCUCGCCCGGAACCCAUCGCCAUCGUGGGAAGUGCGUGCCGAUUUGCAGGCGGAGUCGAUUCAUCGGACAAACUAUGGGAACUGCUUCGCCAACCCAGAGACGUUCGCAGCGAGAUCACCAAUAGUCGAUUCAAUGCCAAGGGCUUCUAUCAUACCGACAGCGCACAUCAUGGACAUAUGAACGUUCUUCACUCGUACCUGCUCGACGGAGAUGUGCGUACCUUUGAUGCAGAAUUCUUUGGCAUCAAUCCAAUCGAGGCUCGAGCUAUGGACCCACAGCAACGAUUGCUGCUCGAGAUAGUCUAUGAGGCGAUCGAAUCGGGUGGUUUCAGCAUGGAGGGUCUGCGAGGAAGCGACACGAGUGUGUUUGCGGGGCUCAUGUGUGGCGAUUACGAGGCCAUGAUGCUACGAGAUCUAGACCAGGCGCCGACACACUUCGCAGUAGGAACUUCGCGUGCAGUCCUCUCGAAUCGCUUAUCGUACUUUUUCGACUGGCAUGGUGCUUCGGUGACCGUGGACACAGCGUGUUCUUCGAGUUUGGUCGCUGUCCAUCAGGCUGUGCAGGCGCUUAGGGCUGGCGAUUCGACUAUGGCGGUGGCUUGCGGUUCCAAUUUGAUCCUCGGGCCGGAGAUGUACAUUCUCGAGAGUAAACUGAAGAUGUUGUCGCCGGAUGGUCUUAGCCGAAUGUGGGACAAAGACGCCAACGGCUAUGCACGUGGAGACGGAGUAGCAGCCGUUGUUCUCAAGACCCUCAGCAGAGCGUUGGCGGAUGGUGACAAGAUCGAGGCUGUCAUCCGGGAGACGGGUGUGAAUCAGGAUGGAGCCACCCCAGGACUGACCAUGCCUAGUGCCAGCGCGCAGCGUGCCCUGAUCCAGAGUGUGUACAAGAAAAGUGGCCUUGAUCCUCAAAAUCCUGCACAUAGGCCGCAGUACAUUGAGGCUCAUGGCACUGGAACACCAGCUGGAGAUCCUGUCGAAGCUGAGGCCCUCAGCACUGCCUUCUUCAGUCAUAGUAGGGGCGUCAACAACGCUGCGCUCUACACAGGAUCCAUCAAAACAGUCCUUGGACAUACUGAAGGUACGGCAGGCAUCGCAGGACUGCUGAAGGUGACUAAGGCGCUGCAAAACUCGACUAUCCCGCCAAACCUCUGGUUCAAUCAGCUGAGUCCUAGUGUGGCGCCAUUCUACGGUGAUUUGCAGAUUCCCACCGAAGCCCAGAAGUGGCCUGAGGUAUCUGGGGACCAGCCUAGACGGGCCAGUGUCAACAACUUUGGUUUUGGAGGGACUAAUGCCCAUGCUAUCAUUGAGAGCUACGACACCCAGACUGCAAGAGAUGCGGUUGUUGCUACAUCCAAUGGUACUGUAUUGACACCAUUUGUCUUUUCUGCUGCGUCUGCCGAAUCGCUGCGCGCGAACCUUACAUCAUAUGUUUCGUAUCUCGAGACCCACCCCGAAACAAAUAUCCACGACUUGGCAUACACAUUACGGGCACGACGAUCGGUGCUUCCGUUUAGAGUUACUUUCUCAGCAACAAACCUGAAAGACCUCAAGUUCAAGAUACAGACUCGUAUAGAUGACACCACCGGCUCACCUGUCGGCGUACGGACUUGGUCAGCAGGUAGCGGCACUCGUUCCAAGAUCCUUGGUGUCUUCACUGGUCAGGGAGCGCAAUAUGCUCGCAUGGGUGCUGAGCUUAUCGAACAAUCAUCUCUGGCUCGACGCAUCCUUCAAACACUAGAAGAUCACUUGGCCAGUCUUCCAGAAGAGGACCGUCCAAAUUGGUCUCUACGGGCCGAGCUUCUUGCGGAUCCGUCAGUCUCUCGUGUCGGCGAAGCAACUAUCUCACAACCGCUAUGCACAGCCGUUCAGAUCAUCAUUGUGGAUCUCCUUCGCUCUGCCAACGUUCAUUUAGAAACUGUUGUUGGCCAUUCUAGCGGUGAGAUUGCCGCUGCAUAUGCGGCAGGUUUUCUCAGUGCUCGCGACGCCCUCCUUGUCGCCUACUAUCGAGGACUGCAUUGCAAACAUGCUGCUAGUCCAAACGGUGAUAUCAAAGGCGCGAUGUUGGCUGCCGGCACUUCGUUGGCAGAUGCCACUGAACUGUGUGAGGCAGAAGAGUUUGCCGGCCGUGUCAGUGUGGCGGCUAUCAACUCGUCAUCGAGUGUCACAAUCUCUGGCGACGAGGAUGCAGUUGAUGAACUUGCACUCAUAUUGAGCGAUGAGAACAAGUUCAAUCGCCGCCUCAAAGUCGACACAGCAUACCACUCGAGCCAUAUGUUGCCCUGCUUCGUCCCGUAUGUGACCUCUUUACGACGUGCUGGAAUCAAAGCACUAUCAGGCAACGCUGAAUGUACUUGGCACUCCAGUGUCUACAACGGCAGGCCGAUUGAACCAUUGACUGAUCGGCUGGACGACGAGUACUGGGCUAACAACAUGACAAUGCCAGUAACGUUUUCGGACGCUGUUCAUGGCGCUGUCGAGGCUGGCCAGGGUGGCAGUGAGCAUGUGGUGGCGCUUGAAAUUGGACCUCAUCCUGCUCUUGCUGGUCCGGCUUCACAGAACAUUCAGGAUAUUUUGCAGAGGAAGAUUCCAUAUCACGGAACUCUCUCACGUGGUGGCGAUGCAGCAAUUGCCUUUUCUACAUGUCUGGGAUUCCUCUGGACACACCUCGAUAGCACUUCGAUAAACCUGGAUGAGUGUGAGGUCACUCUAUCCAGCGCUGAACCGUCACAACGACCGCGCUUCACCGUCCUACACGACCUACCAAGCUAUCAGUGGAAACACGAAGCCGCAUACUGGGCUGAGUCUAGAAGGUCUCGCCGUAUGCGAUUGCGAGAAGAGCCCUACCAUCAGCUACUUGGGAAUGUGUCUCCGGAUAGUGCUCCACACGCUCUGCGUUGGAAGAACGUCCUGAAACCCAGAGAGAUGACCUGGCUCGAGGGCCAUCAGGUACAAAACCAGGUUGUGCUUCCCGCCGCCGCAUACGUUUCAACGGCGAUCGAGGCGGCGAAAGCUCUCGCGGGUAAUAAGGCGAUACACCUCAUUGAGUUGAGCGACUUCCACAUCCACAAUGCUAUCAUGUUUGAUCAAAACGACACAGGUGUCGAGAUCCAGGUUGAGCUUUCGCAGAUAUCGGUGACUGCAGAUCACGUUAUGGCCAGCUUCACGUACUCGUCUGCAAUGGGAGGCGAUGCGGCUGAUCUUGUACUCGCCGCCAACGGUGGAAUAAAGGUCAUCCUGGGUGAUGAAGAAGCUUCCCUAUUCCUCCUUCCAGAACGACACCCACUACCGCCCCACAUGAUUCCUGUUACAUCUGACAGACUGUACGACUUCAUGGACAGUUUGGAAUACGAUUUUUCUGGCCCUUUCCGCUCUCUAGUCAAGCUGGAGAGAAACCUGGGCAAUUCUGCUUGCGUCGCCAUCAAAGCGAGAGUAUCUACUCCAGACGCAGAUGCGUUAUUGAUUCAUCCUGUUGAUCUGGAUGCGGCCUUCCAGUCCAUCAUGCUGGCUUACAGUUACCCCGGCGAUGACCGAUUGCGGCUACUACAUCUGCCAACCAGCAUCAGGAAGCUCAGGAUCAACCCUGCCCUACUCGCAUCAGAAGGAUAUGUCAAGAGCGACUCCACGCAGUUGGAUUCGACAUGCAGUACGGCCGAUGAUGCGGAGCCAGGAUCCGGAUUUUCGGGUAGCGUCAAUAUCUAUGCUCACGACAUUUCUCAUGCAGCCGUUCAGGUAGAUCAGGUCACAUUCAAGCCAGUAGGAUCAGAUGCCAGCAACGACCGGGAUGUAUUUUACAAAAUGCACUGGGUGCCGAGCAAACCAGAUGGUGUGCUUGCCGCUGCCAAUGUACCAGUCACAAAGUACGACCAUGAUCUUAUGUUCGUUCUGAGUCGUAUUGCUGCGUUCUACCUGAGAACGUUCGACAAGAUGGUGCCAGAGGAUGAUCCUGCAAGGUCGGAGAGCCCGCUUUGUCAUUAUCUCAAUUAUGCUCGCCACAUGACCAACCUUUUGGAGAGAGGGGAGCAUAAAUGGGCCCACCUUGAGUGGUUGAACGAUACAGAGCAGGAUGUUCUAGAUGAUAUUGAUACCCACGGUUUCGCAGAUAACUCGGAUGUGAGAAUCAUGCUUCUCGUUGGCCAGACGAUGCCCCGAGUAUUCAAAGGGGAGACGACUAUGCUUGAGCACUUCCGUACUUCUGGUCUCUUGGAUGAGUAUUAUUCCAAUGGCUUCGGAACCAAGCAAUCUACCUUGUGGGUGGCGAGUGUGUUGAAGCAACUAACUGACCGCAACCCUCAUCUCAGCCUUCUGGAAAUCGGCGCUGGUACCGGUGGCGCUACCAAGACGAUUUUACAAGGCAUUGGUCACGACUUCGAUAACUACACAUUCACCGACAUUUCGUCCAGCUUUUUCGAGAACGCUGCUGAGACAUUUUCUGCGUACCAAGAUCGUAUGGUCUUCAAAGUAUGCAAUGCUGAAAAUGACCCGGGUGAUCAGGGCUUCCAGGAAGGCACUUACGAUGUCGUCAUCGCAUUCAUGGUCGUUCACGCCUGCGCAAGGCUGGAUGAAGCUGUACUCAAUCUGCGCAAGUUGCUAAAGCCUGGUGGCUUGCUUGUUCUCGGCGAGGGAGCCAGCGAUGGUGCAAUGCAAGCUGGUGCGGGGUUCAUCUUUGGUACCCUGCCAGGUUGGUGGCGUGGUGUUGAUGAGGGCCGUACUCUGUCGCCUCUAGUAAACACCUCUGAGUGGGAAGUCAUUCUCAAGGGCGCUGGCUUCUCAGGCAUCGAUACCAUGUCGCCACCCCAACUCUUCGACGCCUUUGGUAUUACUCUCUUCGUUUCUACCGCGAUUGAUGAACGCAUUGAGUUUGCCCGAAAUCCUCUUUCCGUUAUCGGCAAUGUUAUGUACGACAAGGUUGUUCUAAUUGGAGGACAAACACCACCAGUUGCUCACCUUGUUCAAGAACUCCAAAAGGUGCUGGUCCCGUUGGCGAGCCAUGUACUCAAAUACCAGUCUCUGGAGGAUUUGGAUGAAACCUCACUUGACGGAGAAUCUGUCGUGAUCAGUCUCGUGGACCUAGAGCAUCCCGUAUUCAAGGAUAUCACGUCAGAGAGAUGGUACAAAUUCAGGAAGCUCUUCGAGACAAAAAGGGAAGUUUUAUGGCUCACAAGUGGUCGUCUUGAAGACGAACCGUACUGUAACAUGACGGUAGGCUUCGGUCGGUCUGCUAUGCACGAAGAAUCAGACCUCCGCGUACAGUAUGUCGACAUUGCGGAUGUGGAGCAAUUGGAGGCCAACACUGUCGCCGACUAUCUCCUUAAGUUCACCUCCAAACUGCUGGACGCUAAAGACAUCCUAUACACCAAGGAACCAGAGAUUAUUGUUGAUACCCAGGGCAGAGAGCUGGUGCCGCGACUUUUUCCUAUCACCGAUGCUAAUGACCGUCUCAACUCGGUCACACGACCGAUAUCUCGUCAAGUCGACAUCUCGGAGUCCAUCGUCGAACUGAAUCAGAACAAGAAUGGCCCCAUGCUUCGACAGUUGUCACGGUAUGAGACUUCACAAGAACUCAACCCCCAAGAUAACAUCAUCAAGCUGUACAUUACUCAUUCUGUGACGUCUGCACUGAAGAAUCCCGCGGGCUACCAAUUCUUGGCUCUGGCCAGAGAUGAGUCUGGUGCACACUAUAUCGUAUCUGUGUCUUCUCUUACCUCUGUGGUCAACGUUCCUCGAGAGCUUGCCCUGCCAUGCACUCUGUCUGGUGUUUCAGAAGCCUCUUACCUUACACUUGUGGCGGCAGAGCUCAUCGCCAAAGCCAUCGUGGAUCCUCUCUUUUCUGGCCAAAGUCUGGUAGUUCACAACGCGUCAAAUGUUAUAGCUCAAGCUAUCAACAGGCAGAGUCUUGCUAAGGGUGUCAUCGCAACUUUCAUAGCGGACUCCGGGGCAACUUUGCUAGAAUCAUCUUCAGUCGUCACUAUCAAGUUGCCGCUGUACUUGGGACGCUCAGAGAUUGCAAGACUGUUACCUGUCGAUGUUGCCUGCUUUGCCGGCUUCUCUACCUCAGAGAAAGCUGCAAAUGAGCAAGCCAUACUAGCUUGUUUGCCCCCGUACUGUCGUAAGGAGAGUAUGCACAGUCUCUUUGCGCCCCAUGCUUUCGGUAGUGGGGCUCAUAAAGUAAUUCCGGACAGUACACUGGAGCAUGCUACUACCUACAUCAAGCAGCAGACUCUUCCUUUUGUCGAGAUGAUCAGUCUCGAAACAGUGCUCCAAGGGAAGCAGUCGGACAAUGCGCUAACAAUUGUUGACUGGACAUCUCCAUCCCCCACACUUCCUGCACAGGUCACUAGGCUUGAGUCGAAGCAGCUGUUCAAAGGCGACAAGACGUACUGGCUAGUAGGUCUAUCCGGGGCACUAGGAAUCUCUCUGUGCGACUGGAUGAUCGAACGCGGCGUACGCUAUCUUGUACUCACGAGCAGGAACCCCAAGAUCGACCCACGCUGGAUUGAGAACCAUCGAAGCAGAGGGGUCGUCAUUGAAAUUUUACUAUGUGAUGUGACCGACGAAAGGGCCAUCAAGGCUGUCCAUCAGAAUAUUGUCGAUACACUCCCACCUAUUGUCGGUCUCCUCAACGGUGCCAUGGUUUUGAGAGACGUUUCCGUACCCAGAAUGGAGUUUGAACAUGUGACGGAUGUGAUCAGACCAAAGGUACUAGGAAGUAUUCAUCUUGAUCGCAUCUUCCACGACGUUGAUCUCGACUUCUUCGUUCUCCUAUCUUCCAUCAACUGUGUCAUCGGAAACGUAGGUCAAGCCAAUUAUGCGGCAGCCAACAUGGGCAUGGUUGGUGUGGCGGGUAACCGCAGGAAACGCGGUCUACGAUCAUCCGUUGUUAACGUAGGUGCCAUUAUCGGCGUAGGUUACAUUACGCAAUCGGACCGCCAACUCGACGUGACUGUGGCAAAGACAGCCAUGAUGCAUCUUUCCGAGCAAGACUUCCACCAGAUCUUCGCCGAAUGCAUGGAGGCUGGACAUCUUGACAACCCUAACGGACCCGAAAUAUCCACUGGUCUUCUCUCCGUCGCGCCGGAGUCAAUCAACAUCCCCCCGUGGUAUUCAGACCCGAAAUUUGCGCGCUUCCGCAUCCACCAGUCGUUGAACGAUAGUAACAACAAGAAGGAAAAGACAAAUGCGGUCUCCAUCCAAAGUCUUCUCCAGGCGUGCAAGUCCCAGAAGGAUACAUUGCAGGUUGUUCAGCAAGCGUUUGGUGCUCAGUUACGCAGGAUCCUUCAAGUUUCUACAAGCGACGAUGACUUGAUGAUGAUGCGUGGUGUGGACCUCGGUUUUGACUCUCUCCUCUCGGUGGACGUCCGAUCCUGGUUUCUCAAAAACUUCCAAGUCAGUAUCCCAGUAUUGAAGAUCAUGGCAAAUGACGUCCGCAUGUCCAGCUUAGCAGAGUUGGCUGUUGAGGGUAUCCCCACUGAGCUGAUUCCUCACGUUCCGCACGAUGGCGUCCAGGACUCUUCCUCGGACGAAGGCAGCAAGAAUAGUUCGAGUGAUUCUCUCCCUAUCACGCCUAGUACGGAUCUUUCUGAUGGCGCAACCACGCCCCCUGGAGUUAUCGAUGACUCAAAAGCUGCUGUCAACGUUGACUGGGAUCUUGAGACGAGCCCGCCAGUACCUGAUACUAUACCCUUGUUGGCCAGCGCCCCGGCUCCUAAGGAGAAACCAGAAGUUGUCGUCCUCACUGGCUGCAGUGGCUUACUUGGUCACCAUCUACUCAAUACUUUGAUAGAGCAGUCUUCAAUCCGCAAGAUCAUCUGCAUCGCGGUCAGGCGACUUUCUGAGCGUCUCGAGACUGGGCAAUUACCUCCUCCAAGUGACCGCAUCGUCUACUACGAAGGCGAUCUCACGCAACUCCGUCUCGGCCUCAGCGAGGAUGAGUGGAUCAAUAUCUUCAGCUCCGUAGACGCUGUCAUCCACAAUGGCUCCGACACAUCGCACUUGAAAUACUAUUCCGCACUCCGCCAAGCCAACGUCGAAUCCACCAAACAACUCGUGCGCACCUGCCUCCAGCGUAUGAUCCCACUCCACUACGUUUCUUCCGCUGGCGUAGCCCUUUUUGCAGAACUCGAAGCCUUCCCACCCAUCUCCUGUACCACGACUGGCAAAACGCCCCCCGCCGACGGCUCCCACGGCUACAUGUGCGGGAAAUGGGUCUGUGAGUCUCUCCUCGAGCGCGUGCACGCCAAGUAUGGACUGCGCAUUGUUAUCCAGCGCCCCUCGACCAUCAUCCGCGCAGGUUCUGAUGCAGAGGUCGAGCGCGCGAGCUUCGACUGGGUGAACGCACUGCUGCACUACGUGCACAAGACCCAGAAGGUGCCACGUAUAGAUUACAAUGCUGGCGCGUUUGAUCUCGUCUCCAUUGAGACCUGCGUCCGUAAUACCGUUGAGGAAUUGCUCCGCGAUCCACCCAGCGAUGGACGUAUCGUGUAUGUGAACAGCGUGGGCGACGAGGUGAUUCCGAUGGCGUCGAUGGCAAACCUGGGGCUGGAGAAGAUAGGGAAGACGUAUGAUGUGUGUUCUAUGGAGGAGUGGACGAAAGCGGUAGUAGGGGCUGGUAUGCAUCCCGCUGUUGCGGCGCUGAUUGAGACGUUCGAUGAGCCGGGUGUGGAGAAGUAUCCUACGCUGUUGAGGGCGAAGGACAAGUGA